GACAGAACAAGCUGGUUUAAAGGGUGAAGAGGGAGGUCAGAGCCACAGUGUACGGAGACCUCACACGUGAUCAUGGCACCCCGGACUCAGACUCAAAAUUACGUUGUAUUGUUUGCGGCACUGUUGUUUGCAGUUAAUAAAGCUUCGGCGUGCAGCGAGUUUUUGGUUGAGAAUGUAAGCGAUGAUAGAUUAACGGCCUCCAGUAUAUUGAAUGUGUCGUUUUCUGCCGACAAAGCAAGACUUGGUAGCACUGGGUGGGUUCCUGAUCCUAAUAUACAUACCCAUCCAUGGAUACAGGUCGACUUUGGACAAUCUGUUACCAUAAUGGCUGUAGUGACGAAAGGAUUUGUAUCCGAGUACUACAACGGAUACGUUACGAAAUACAUGGUGGGGUACAGUAACACAACCUCAAGCUGGAACACGGUGGAAGACAGCACCACCCAUGAGUUCAUCGGGAAUUCAGACCACACGGCAGCAGUGACUAACGCUCUUCCAGCUCCUAUUGUUGUCCGCUAUCUUCGCCUCUACCCAAUAUCGUUCUUAAACCUCGAAAUCCUUCGACUAGAUGUGAUUGGUUGUUCUGGUGCUACGGAUAAUUCUCUAACUUUAAAUGCGCAAACGAAUACUACUGUUUCAUCGGCGCAGCCUUUAUCUACCACUUUGAGUACAUCAGCCACUCCCAAUGCCUCAACCAUUUUGAAUAUAUCUACCAGAGACGUCAAUGUAUCUUCGUUAUCCACUUCGGGUACACACACCACUACCACUAUUUCUUUGUCUUCAGAAUCAACUCCCACCACCUCUCGCACGCUUGCGUCGACUUUAUUCAACAGUUCUGGGACUAAUCUUUGCACAUGUGCUUGUCGUACCCAAACCAAUGUUUCCUUGACACCAAGGGAAGUGCAGACAAAAAUAGAAAACAUAGUACAAAAUCUAACAGUCUCAAAGGAGAAGACAUCCAAAUUUAUCAGAAGCAAGAUAUCAGCACAGGAUAAACGACCAGAGGUUGUGUAUGUUGGAUCUGUGGCUGUAGCACUUUUAUGUUUAAUGGUCGGGCUUGUUGUUUUACCGGACGUCUGUACUGUGGUCCGAUUUUUUUAUUCAAUGCUAAACAAGUAGAAAGAAAAUAAUUUUGCAGUUUAUAAAAUUUGAACUUUAUAUUGGUACAAUUGAUAUCGUUAGUCAUCAGUACAAAAAAUACAUUUAUGUAUGUAAAGCUCAAUAUAAGCUAUUGCAGCACUAAACAAUUAAUUUAUAUACCCGUUGCAUAUACAUGUUUUAACUUAAAAGGUGUAUAUGGAUAGAUUAAUAAAGAAUUAAGAGACAUGCGGUAUACAUGUAUAUGAAUUGAUAAGACGACAAAAAAUUUACAUGUAAGUAAAAGAAAGCGGUACAUGCAUAUAAAAUAUAGCUAACAUCUAAUAUUCAUAUGAUUAUGUAGAAAAAUACAAAAUAAAGCAGAACAAAUUCAACAUUUUUCAUUCAGAAAUAUAAUAUAAUGAAAAUUAACAAAUCUUUCGUACAAAAUUCAGUAUUUUGUUUUAUCACAUGUUCAGCUCAACAUACGGUGGAUAUCACUCAUGUGAUAUUACACAGAGUACUCUUACCCAACGUGACGUCAUAAUUAAACGUUACGUUGGAUACGGCUUUUGAUUGGCGUUGCAUGAAAAAAAAAAACCCA